AUGUUUGGUGCCCUCAAUCGUUUCAUUGGAAGACUGGACGGUGAACCAGUUCCUCAGCCUCGGACGGGUCCUAGCGACAAUGCAUAUGGCUUCCAGGUACUGCGCAAUAAGGAUACAGAGCUGCCCCUGGAGCCGUGGUUUGAUUUCAUCAUUGGAAUUAAUGGACAUCCCAUUGAAGAUCCGGAUCCGAACCUCUUUGCGACAGAAGUCCGCAAUUGUGCUGGGUCCAGUCUCACGCUAGAGAUAUGGAGCGCCAAGGUACGUGAAGCUUGGAAACUUCGUCGGGAUCAUGCUCGUGUCUUUACUCGAUUUCUAAUUGUCAAAAUUGUCAUGCGACAGGGUCAAAGGACGCACACCGUCACAGUUCCAGUAUCGGCAACAACACCCUCCCUCGGCCUCUCACUUCAACUCGCACCGCUUUCAUCGACCCAACACAUUUGGCAUAUUCUCGGCGUCCCUUCACCACUGAGCCCUGCGUAUCGGGCUGGCUUGCUACCUCACUCGGACUACAUCAUUGGGACGCCGAGUGGAACUUUACGGGGUGAAUCAGCCCUGGGGGAGCUAGUCGAGGAUCAUCUUGACCGCACCCUGGUCCUUUGGGUAUAUAACAGCGAAUUCGACGUCGUGAGAGAGGUGGAGCUGGUCCCAACGAGAGGAUGGGGAGGUGAAGGCGCUCUAGGCGCCGAACUAGGCUAUGGGGCUCUGCAUCGGUUGCCAGUUGGACUCGGCGAGGAGGUUGAGGGACCUGGCGAGGUGGUCUUUGAAACAAAGGACAACGUUCCGUCUGGCCCCCUCUCCGACUAUAACAAUGCGCCAGCGACCUACGAACCCUCUGGGGGGAACUACUUGGUUCCAGCUAAUCUAGUUUCACCACCCCCUCUCGUGCCUCAAGGAAGGGGGACGUCGCCUCAGACUGCUGUAUCUCCGGCGAGUAGGCGGAAUGGAAAGGCGCGACAUGGUGUCUCACCCAACAGGGCAUUUGAUGACUACUUUGCGGAAGGCGAGCAAAAAAGUCGGGCACAAGACUUUACACCCUCGCGAAAAGGAACUCCCUUGCCUCCCCCACCAAAAGUCGGUGCUCCGCCCCAAGCUUCGAGCAGUCCAGCACCUACAGCAAGUGAGGCCAUGCGGAAUGCGGAGUCAGAGGGCGAACCUGGUCCAGCUCAGGAAGAAUAA